AUGUCUCAGUCCGCUCAAGGCGGAGGCGGCGGCGGAGUCGACAUCUCGACCCUCUCCGUGCAGCAACUAUCGGCCCUCCAGGCCCGCCUGUCCCAGGAACUCGAACACCUGAGCACGUCGUACCAGCGGCUGCGCGCCGCGCAGGCCCGCUUUAGAGACUGCAUCAAGAGCAUACGAGACGGGGUGGAGGGGAAGAGCGGAGGAACGCCCCUCCUCAUCCCUCUCACCACGUCGCUCUACAUCCCCGGCACGCUGGCUCCGACGUCGGGCGCGAGUUCGAGCUCCCAAGCAAGCCUCCUAGUCGACGUCGGCACGGGAUUUUUCGUCGAAAAGACACCAAAGGACGGCAUCACGUUCUACCAGCGCAAGAUCGAGGAACUCGCGAAAAACCUGGCGGACAUUGAAAAGGUGGUGACGGGGAAGAGCGAAAAUCUCAGGAUUAUCGAGGACGUGCUCAGGCGGAAGAUGGUCGAUGAGCAGCCUAGGCAGUUUGGCGCUGGUGGCGGUGGGGGGAGUGCGAACGCUGUGGCGGCGGCGGCGGUUGGGUGA